ACGAACGAAAAUGAAACGGAUCUUUUCAUUUUUCACACACAACACUCUCCUUAACACACAUUUGUCCGUCCAAUCCCUCGGCGAUGGCAGUGAAGCGACGGAGAGUUCCAGUGGUACUAUGGCGGUUAUUCCACAACCGUGCACGUACUCUUUUAAAUACAAUCUUAUCUCUAAUUCCUUUAAAAACAUCGGCGAAUUGCCGAUGCAGAGGUCGUCGGUGCUUCGGAUGCGUCGGUGAAAAUGAAGCUAUGUCGUUUCUUCUUAGGGAAGACGAUCCGGAUGAUUACAAGAAGCUUCUUAAUAGGUGCUUUGUUGUUGUUUCCGAUCAAGCGCCUCCUCUUCGUAGCUAUGAUACUCACUGCCGCUGGCCACACCUUGAGCUAGUUAGAAGGACAAUUGAAAUGACAAUUAAUGAGCAAUGCCGCAGUUCUAACAUUCUAAGUUUUGGUUAUGACAAGACGAGCCGUUUUAGUAACACAGUGGAGCUUCUGACAUCACCAUCAUGGAGUCUUCUCCUUACAAGGAUUGGGGAUGUUCUCAUGGUUUAUUUGCUAAAGAGCACCUCAAUAUUUUUGCGGCUCCCUCGAAACAAAUACCAUCAGGUGGCAGGAGUUCCGAUUAGUGACUUAUGCAUCAAGUCUCACCUGCGCAUAUCUGCCACUACCUAUAAGUCUUCAUUACCUCAUCCUGAAUCUUGGAAAAAGAGAAGUGUAGACGAAGUUUACUCAUCAACGAGGAAAGAAAUGGGCAUUAGGAAAAAAUGUGUGAUGAAGAAGUUAUCUACAGAACCUACAGUAUCUGCUGAAGCUAAUUCGGCUUGUUGUGAAGUGCUUCCAUCUACGGAAGGACCAUGUUACUCGAAUAGACAUACUUCAUCGCAUGGAAAGCGUAAAAGACAGUUUAAAUGGCAGCGUCAAAGUAAAAAUAGGCCAUUGAAGGCUCAAGGAACACAUUCCUUGAUCCCUUGUAUGAGUUCUAGCACUAAGGACGAGUGGUUGGGAGACCUGAAGUGUGAUGUAAGGUCAAAUUCAAGACCUCUUGAAAAGAUAAAUGCCUUGUGCUCUUGUUGUUUGGUCUUUGAAACUCUGUCAGAGGUCAAUAAGGAACUUCAAAUCAACAGGCGAACCAUAUUUUACAACUUGGAAAGUUGUUCGUCAGUGUUCCCAUCCGAGCACAUCCUGAAUUCUUUGAAGGCAAACUACUCUGGAGCAACUAGACUCUUCAAGGAAAUUUUUGGAUGUCUUGGUGGUAAUGUCACUACUCAGGUAGCUCCUUGCGUGCACAGCAGCAACUGUCAUCUCACCGCAUCCUCGUGUCUAUACCACUCAAUUAUUAAGUUGCUGAAAUCUCUCAUCCGCAAAGCUCACCACUGCCAACACUUAAGGCUGUUGGAAAAACACUGUUCUUCUCCAUUAUUGGGCCAAGGCGCCAAAAAAAUUGCUGCAACUAUCUUGGAGGGAAACAAAUCUGAGGCGGGUAUACUUGCAAAUGAUUGUCCAGAAAGUGGAUUGGCACACUCUGAUUUCAAGUCUGAAAGUUGCAAUACAACUCCAGAACCACAAUCCUCUCAGUUGGAGCCGACCAAGUGUUAUUGUCUGAAGAAACAAGUUGUUUCAUUUCUUUGGGCUGCUUGUCGAAGUAUAGUCCCCAUAGGUUUGCUGGGGACUCCUUCUAAUUGGAGAGUUCUAACGAAUAAUAUUUACAAGCUUGUUAAGCUACGAAGGUUUGAGAAAUUCAUGUCCAAGCAGUGCAUGAGGAAAGUUAAAGUAUCUAGUUAUUCUCCACUAUCAGAUGUACAUCCAUUUUUAUUGAAACAUAAAAUACUAGAACACUGGAUAUUUUGGUUGUUUUCUUCUUUUGUUGUGCCACUGUUGCAAGCCAACUUUUACGUCACCGAAGUUGAGCAUGAGAAACAAGAUAUAUUUUAUUACCGCAAGCCUACUUGGAAGAAUCUUAUUUCCAAAGCCAUGACUUGCUUAAGGGAGCAAGGUUAUGAAGAAAAAGAUGCUCCAGAUGUCUGGAAAAUAAUAAGGCCUAGAUCAUUUGCGUUCUCAAAAGUUCGGCUACUUCCAAAAAAAAGGGGGGUAAGAAUGCUGGCAAAUCUUAAAGCAUCACUAAAUUUGCCUGUGAAUCAUCCUCUGCGGCCCAGAGGUCAGAGAAAAGUAGGCAGUGGUAAAAAUGGCAAAUGUCACAAUUUCAACUCUGUUAAUGAAGUCCUCAAAGAUUUGCAUUUAGUGCUCAAAAGUAUAGUAGCAAAACAACCAGAGAGGUUGGGUUCAUCUGUAUUUGACUACAACAAUGUGUAUAAAAAGCUUGUCCCUUUCUUAUCAAAUCUGAAGAGUGGCUUUUCUGUCAAACCUGAAGUAUUCAUCAUUGUAUCAGAUGUCAAAGGAGCUUUUGACUCAGUAGACCAAGAUCAACUACUAAGUGUGGUGGAUGAUCUCAAUUUGGAGGAUGAAUAUUUUUUUAGCAAAGUUGUUCAAGUUGUGUGCACUAAGAAAUCACUGCGGAUACCACAAAACUGGAUUUUAAGGAGUAAAGAGAAUGCCCCUGACCCUGCCAAUGUUGUCUCUUGUCUUCCCACUCGCUCGCUGGGUGGCAUUUUUGUAAAGCAACAGGUUCAAGGCAGAGAAGUAAGAAAAGAACAGCUUCAAAAGCAUUUGAAGGAGCACGUAAAGCGCAAUGUGCUGCAGUUAGAUAACAAGUUUUUCGUGCAAUCUGUCGGUAUACCACAAGGAAGUGUUUUGUCCUCUCUUCUCUGUUCGUUGUAUUAUGGGCAUCUUGAGAAUUCAGUAAUAUUUCCAUUUCUUGAGAAAGCUUGUAAACCUGACCCUGGAUUUCCUUCAGAGGAACGUUUCCUUGAUGAUACAGCUGCAAGAUAUAAUCAUCUUGUAGCAUAUCAACCUAACUAUCUGUUGCUUAGGCUUAUUGAUGAUUUGCUUUUCAUCUCAACCUCAAAGGAUCAGGCUUCUAAGUUCUUCUUCCGGUUGCGGAGAGGAUUUCGUGCCUACAACUGCAACAUGAAUGAACAAAAAUUUGGAACAAACUUUCAGAUGAAUGGUAUACCAAGUUUGGGAUCGGAUAGAUUAUAUGUUGUUGAAGAUGGAACCUCGUUUCUUCGAUGGAAUGGACUAUUUAUCAACUGCUCGACCUUGGAAAUUCAGGCAGAUUACACGAGGUACUUGAAUUCCCCGCUAAGUUCAGCCCUCACUGUUGGCUGGCUAAAUAAACCAGGACGGGACUUAAAGACGAAGUUGUGCAGUUAUCUUAGGCCAAAAUCCCAUCCUAUAUUCUAUGAUUCCAACAUAAACUCAGCCGCUGUGGUCAGACUCAACAUUUAUCAAGCUUUUCUUAUCUGUGCCAUGAAGUUCCAUUGCUACAUCUCUGAUUUAUCAUGGUUGUAUAGAUUCAGCACCAAUUUUUACGCAGAUGCCUUGGUAAAAUCAUUGAGGUAUAUGAAAAAGCUCAUCAAGAGGAGGAUGUUCUCCUUCAAAACAGGUUCAGAUUUUCGUCCAAUUCUUGAAGUGGGGAAAGGGGAAAUCGAAUGGCUUGGAUUAACUGCUUACAAAAAAGUAUUGAAGAGAAAACAAUCAAGGUAUAAAGAGUUGUUACAUGUAUUAGAGACUAAGCUCAUGGCACUUGGUAACCUAGAAAGUACAUCAUCAGUAUUGCAACAAGCCACGGAUGAUAAACGUUCCUCUAUAUUAUGGAAGAUCAAGUAUUAACAGCAGAAGUAGACAAACCUGUUUUGAUUGAGUAAUUCUUUUUUGCCAUUAUGUCCACAGUGCACUGUGAUUGGUAAAGAAGCUGUAAAUUUUGUCAAGUUUUCAGUCCAUUGCCUUCUAAAAUGAGCUUGAUAUGAAAAACUUAACCAUGUUUUGUUCCUGGUUCCUUGUUAGUACUUAAAGGGAUGCUAUUUGGAUCAUAUUAUAUGGUUCUUUCCGUAAUCA